AUGGCAGCUUCGGCUCACGGUGGUGGAGGAGGAGGAGGAGGCGGCGGUGGAGGAGCAGCAGCGGGAGGAGGAGGAGGUGGUGGAGGGGGAAGCGGCGGACCCGCCAUUUUCCCCCCGGUCCCCUUCGCUUACCCCGGGCCGCCGGGCCCCACCGCCAUCAUCAUCGGCGGCGGCCACGGAGGUGGUGGAGGCGCCGCCGCCGCUCCCUCCGCCGCUCCCUCCGCCGCCGCUCCCGGGCCGCUGGUCACCGUGUGGGAGUGGGAGGACGAGAUGGGCCGCUGGAGGCCUUACAGCGGCCGAGUGAGUGAGCACAUCGAGCGCAGCCUCCAGCAGCUGCCGCUGCUGCACGGAGCGGCGGCCAAAGGGGCCCACAGCAUCUCGCUGGGCCAGGCCGACCCCUGGCUCGCGCCCUACAUCAUCGACAUCCCCACGCUCACACAGUUCCGCCAGGACACAGGAAGAAUGCGUAACAUUAGGAGGCAGCUUUAUUCACAGACCUCGGCCCCAGCAAAAGGAAUCCUAUGGCAAUGGGAGAAUGAUGAAGGUGGUUGGACAGCCUAUGAAAUGCACAUUUGUAUUUUUAUAGAAAAUUCCUACAGUGCUCGGCAACAGAUUGCAGAUUUAGGACACUUCGGUUACAACUAUAUCGUGGAUUUAAACAGUUUAUUCCAGACAAACAAAGGAACUGGAUUCAGACGACGGGUUCAGAGAUAUCCUGGUGCACAAUAUCCUUUAGCUACCGCUGGACCCAUGCACAAUGGGCAAUUGUGCUCUUGUCACCAGUGUUUGGCCAAUACUGUCACGGGACCCAUGUUGAAUCGUAAUCGACAUAUUGUGUACAACCUAGCAGGCCCCUCCACCCAACAGCCUUCCAGCCGCUCGUCUCUAGUGGCAUCUCCCAACCACGGAUUCUCCCCCUACACCAAAAGGCCAAUAUCUAUGACAGGAAUGAACAUCGCAGCUGCCAGUUGGGCUGGGGCUGCAGGAAUAGCCACUGGUCUUCCCCCAACUUCCGGAUCCCACUUCACCAAUGGUUCCAGCAUCCCAACGGUGCCCAUCCAGCUGAACGGUCCAAGCCAUGUAAUACCAGCAUUCGCAGGCAUGGCUGCAAUUCUGAUGUGUGCCGCUGGACUUCCUGCGUGUUUCACCCGCGCAGCUAAACCCGUGUCCAAUCCCGACUCAAGAAAAAGUGAUAAAAAACCCAGCCCUGCCAAAGAUAAAUCAUUUAGGAGAUCGAAGAAAGUGUCCAGAAAAGAAUUGGUGAAAGGCCCAGAGGAGGUGGUGAAAAAGUACAUGGUGAAAUUGGAACAACGUACAGAUGAGGACUGUAUAAUCUGCAUGGAGAAGCUGAGUGACCUAUCUGGUUAUGAUGGAGUGUCCCACAGUAAAACCAUCCAGCCUGAUAGCGUGGGGAAGUUCACAAAAUGUGGCCACAUAUUUCACCUGCUGUGUAUGAUGGCCAUGUAUGAAAAUGGGACCAAGGACGGCAGUUUACAGUGUCCCUCCUGUAAAAUGAUCUAUGGUGAAAAGACUGGUACACAGCCAAAAGGCAAAAUGGAUCUUUACUUGUUGCCUCAGUCUCUGCCGGGACACCCAGACUGUGCAGCUAUACACAUUGCAUAUUAUAUUCUUCCUGGAAUCCAGGGUCCAGAGCAUCCAAAUCCAGGCAGACCGUUCACUGCUCGUGGCUUCCCUCGGCACUGCUACUUGCCACACAAUGAUAAAGGCAGAAAGGUCCUGGAGCUUCUGAAGGUCGCUUGGAACAGGCGACUGAUAUUUACCGUGGGUACGUCAAACACAACAGGCGAGGCAGACACUGUGGUUUGGAACGAGAUUCACCAUAAAACUGAGAUGGGGUCCAACGUCUCGGGGCACGGCUACCCUGACCCCAACUACCUGGACAAUGUCAUUGCAGAGCUGGCUGCUCAAGGUGUUACAGAGGACUGUCUUCGACAAUAACUACAUCAACAUCCGGGGCUUUCGAUCUAAACCUUUCCUCUCUCUCUCUCUCUCUCGUGAGUCAGAUUUGAGAGAGGGAGAGAGCCUCUCAAUCAUUGGCUCCUGUUGGAUUUUGCACUUUUAUCAUUAGAUGUCUGUCAGGUUUUUUCUUCUCUCUUUUUCUUUUCCUGUUUAAUCAAACACUUUUACUUUGGUUUCUUUGGCUGGAAAGAUAAAAGUCAGUGGCACAGCACAUUGGCUUCUACUCUGUCCUCUUUCUCUCUUACCUUGAAUCCACACUAAUUAUCCUGAACACGUUUUUUUUCAAACCGGGCAGAUCAUUUCUCUUUCUUUGAAGUGGUGAUGAAGCAGCUUCACGUCCAGGAUUGUUUUACUUCUUUUGGCAAUCAAAUUGGUAUUGGAUCCAUGUUCGUUAUGGUUGUGGGUAUCAAGGAUCCUUUAGCAAGUCUGAUUCAUUGCUUCAGUCCAGUUGAGCCCAUUUUUAAUGUGAAGAAGUAUAUUAAAAAAAUGAAGCAGCCAGCAUGUCACUACCCGGCUUCUGUAGGAGAAAGUGACCCCACUCGCCAUGUUAAUCUCCGCUCUCUUUUAUAGGUUGAUGUUCCCGCUGUGUGCAUCUAGCAUUUUCUAGCCUUACUUUUAAACAAAACAUUCCCUCCAGUGUUUUCUCCCCUUCUUUCCUGAAGAUGCUGACUUGUGCUGGGUUUUCUUUUGUAUCCUGGUCAAAGGGCUAUUUUCUAACUAUGAGUUUAGACCAUUCAUAUCCAGGGCUAUUCAAGACUUGGAGGGGAGGUGGUGGGGGAUGGGGGUUUGGUAGCUAAGCCAGUCCUGUCCUCACCAGAUGUCUAUGCACUUUCCAACAUGUUUUAUUGGGGAAGAAAUACUUGCUUUUUUUUUUCUUCUCAUCUUUCCCAUCAAACCACACAUAAAAGGUCUGAUUAUUUCAAUGUUUUUAGUAGAAAACAAAUGUUGAAGUGGGAGAACAGUACUAGAAUUCCCUGAGGAGUUGCUUCCCUCUUUAACAAGUGAUUGGUCCUGAAAUAAAAUUGUGGUGCGGUGGAGCUCUAGCCUGUUUUAUGCGUAGCGCUCUUUCAUUUUUGUUUCAGUUUGUAUUCAAGUGUCAUACAUAAUGAUUGGAAAUUUCAGCUUAGAUCCAUCUACCCAUUUUCUUUGCUCUUUUACCUUCUGCUCUCUGUGAACACUUCAAACGUAGCAGCCUUUUCCAGGUUAAGACAGAGAUGACAAGAAUGUAGUGAAUCACUCACAUUGUGCAGUGGUGGGAAUCCUGGUGUCCUGGUGGCACUUCCAGGCUCGAUCUUAAGCUGGCUUUGCUGGCAAAACACACGUGACAUGUUCGAUGUUACAUAGUCAAAGGCUUUCAUAUUUCUAGGCAAGAUCAUGUCUAUGUCCUCUUUCGGCUACACUGUGAAAUGUAUUGCUGAUGUAGAAUUUGACGGUGCUUGCUGACCUUUUUAUUUUCUCUCUCUUUAUUUCUUCGAGGGUUUUGUAAAAAUUAAAUUCUGCCUUAGCUUUG